CGUCUUAUUGGAUCUCUUCGCCCUUCUGCGUAAGCUCGGAAUGCCAACGCCUGAAGGUUGCUGGGUUGGUGUGCUCUACACUCUCACACGCUCAGUUCGCGCGCUUUCUCUGAACGUGGAGGUUGAAUCGUUGUGCCAUGUGCUCAUGAGUUCCAGGGUGAGUGUUGGUCAGCUCCAGGUGAACGUUUUUGUCAUGCGCUUUGGAGCUCCAUUUCUGCGGCACCUGUACGUCUUACGCCUAUCAAGAGUCAUGCUGUGUUCCUGCCAUCAGCCUGGUGUCACUUUGGGUCGACAUCCUUCUUUGUUGAGGAUCAGCACAGAAACAAGCCCGCGGAAAUCUGCUUUCUUAGUACCUCUGAUCUCAGCAGUGUAUUUCGUGUCUGCGACCACUGGCACCGAUCCUUCAGGAUGACUAGUAAAUUGUGUAGCGUACCCGUGACCUCUUCUGUUCUGCAUCUGAAACUAUGGACGAAAGGCUUCACCCAGCGUGUGGCGACUUCCUUAUGGGCCGAUGUACCUGUGAACUCGGUUAAUUUUGGUCUCUGGGACUGUUCAAGCAAGUCCACAGAAAUGCCC